CGGUUCCGAGAGGUUCUGCGCCAGCAACCCACCCGCCGCUCUCCAGCAGCUAAGGCGCAAAGAGAGAGAGAGAGAGAGAGAGAGAGACAAGAAGGCAGGCAGGCAGCCAAAGAUGUCCGAGACGGCUCCCGAAGCUCCCGUGGCCGCCGCGCCAGCCGCCAAGGCGCCCGCCAAGAAAGCCAAGAAGCCCGCGGGAGCCUCCAAGCCCCGCAAGGCGUCGGGCCCCAGCGUGACGGAGCUGCUGACCAAGGCGGUGGCCGCCUCCAAGGAGCGCAACGGGGUGUCUCUGGCCGCCUUGAAGAAAGCCCUGGCGGCCGCCGGCUACGACGUGGAGAAGAACAACAGCCGCAUCAAGCUGGGCCUCAAGAGCCUGGUGAGCAAAGGCACUUUGGUACAGACCAAAGGCACGGGCGCCUCGGGUUCCUUCAAGCUCAACAAGAAGCAACAGGAGGGCAAGGACAAGGCGGCAACCAAGAAGAAGCCCUCGGCCGCCGUGAAGAGCAAGAAGCCGGCGGCCAAGAAGUCCGCCGGCGCCGCCAAGAAGCCCAAGAAACCCGCCGUCAAGAAGAGCCCCAAGAAAGUGGCCAAGAAACCGGCCGCCGGGGCCAAGAAGGCAGCGGCCAAGAGCCCCAAGAAGGCCAAGCCCGCCAAGGCCAAGAAGGCUGCGGUCAAGAGCCCCGCCAAAGCCAAGGCGGUGAAGGCCAAGGCGAAAGCCAAGCCCAAGACCCCCAAGGCCAAGGUGGCCAAGCCCAAGAAGGCUGCGCCCAAGAAGAAGUGAAGAGGCUUCCCGUGGAGACUCGAGACACCUUUUGAUCCCAAAGGCUCUUUUAAGAGCCACCCACACGCUCAGUGAGAAAGAGCUGGCUUGCUCCUGUGUCAUUGAUUAAGCGUACCCUGGGCAGGCAACAUUUUGCGCCGGGGUGACACGCGACAAUUUAGCCUUUUUGCUUAAAAUAAUUAACAUGAGGCAGGCCCUUUCUGGAUCAGGUCAAAUGUGCAUCCAGGAUCAGCGCCCAGCCUCCCCACAAGCAGAAUCCCAGUGCAACAGUCCUCUUGUGUACGAGUUUCAGGGGUUAUACACACACACACACACACACGCUCCACUUAGUAAAUAAAAACGUCAGUGUAGUUGGGGAAUGGCCCUGGCCCAGUGGCAGAGCAUCUGCUUUGCGCGCAGAUGGUGCCAGGUUUAAUCUCCGGAUAGGUUUGGUAGAGAACUGUCUGAAAUCCUGGAGAGCUGCUGCCAAUCAGUGUAGACAAUACUGAGUUAGAUGAAUGUAGCCAGUAAUACCCGCCUCCCCACUCCUUUCACCAGUCUCAGCGAAGUUCAUAAUCUGUAUGCUUUAUACAGAACAUUUAGCAGUGCCCUGUACUAGAUAUUGGGACCGA